UUUGACCUCCUGAGGUUGAUGAUAAACACUCUCUGAAGGUUAAUAAUCUCCUUUCUCUUACAUUUUAAAUGUAAAAUUACUUCAUUUUUUUUUUUAAACGAGUUUGAGGGCCUGUUUUGUACCCUAUUUUUGGAAAGGAUAUAUAGGUGGCGAAAUGUAUGUGGAUGUUAUUAACAGAUUCUGAGACUGCUCUGAAAUAAUUCAGUCUAGUGGCACUAUAAACAUCUUGAUUUAGUAUUGCAUUUUCCGAUGUAGUAGCAUUCAUCAGUUUGUGUGUUUUAAAUUUUUUUGUCCUACUCAACCCAGUAAACUUGCAAGCAUUCUGUUGAGCUGCUCAGACUCGUCUGCUGGUGUUAAAGCAGGAUAACGGGCUGUGGAAUGGCUUUGCUGACCUUGCACAGAACGCAGUCUAUUUGCACAACACCGGAUGAGCCUAUCCCAAGAAGAGGAAGACUUCAGAAAAGAGAAAGUUUCGCCCUGGUUAAGGGGGCAGUGCUCCUGGUGGAAGAGGGAGAGAGGGAGGGAUUACAUGAAGAAACCGUACCCUCUCUGCUAGGUCCUAGGCAAGGAGGCCGAGCCUCUGACACUCAACGCAGACAUUUGCACGCAAUGAUUUCGUUACUACGACCGGAGGACACAGUCAAAUUGGCUGUGCGUUUGGAGUCUGUGAGCCCAGUCAGAGUGAGGUAUUUGCUUAUAGUUGGCACAUUAAUAAAAAAACAGGAGAGUCUACUUCUUGGCAUAGACUUCCCAGGCUUAAACAGUGAUGAGUGCACUAUUGGACUUGUCUUGCCAAUAUGGAGUGACACACAGGUUUACCUAGAUGGAGAUGGAGGUUUCAGUGUGACAUCUGCAGUAGUGACACGAAUCUUUAAGCCUGUGUCCAUUCAGACGAUGUGGUCAGUGUUGCAGGCGCUGCAUGGCUGCUGUGAACGGGCCGUACGUGGGGCUGUCAUACCUGGCUGCGGACUGGAGUGGGCACAGCAUUACAGAGAGAACGUGGAAUCCGACCAGCACUGCCUUAAUGAAUGGGCGGCCAUGACUGGCCUGGAGUCAGUCAGGAAGGACACUGGAGGGCGAUCGUCGUCGAAUCGGGAGUCAGUGGAGAGGGAGAUCAAAGCCCAGCUACGAGAUAUCAUGAGGACUGAGGACUUGGAAAACAUUACCUCUAAGCAGGUGCGAAAAGCCCUGGAGUCCAAAAUAGGCAUAGACAUGAAAGACUACAAGGAGUAUAUUGACAAUGAGAUGAUGGUCACAAUGGCACAGAUGGACAAACCUUCCAGAAUCUUGGACUAUCUUUACUUGGGUUCCGAAUGGAAUGCUGCCAACUUUGAAGAACUACAGAAGAACAAUGUGGGCUACAUCCUGAAUGUUACCAUGGAGAUUGACAACUUCUUUCCAGAAUCUUUCACCUAUAUGAAUAUCCGAGUUUACGAUGUGGAGGCGACCAACCUACUCUCACACUGGAACAACACAUACAUGUUCAUCAGUGAAGCAAGGAAGAGUGGACAGGCCAUACUGGUCCAUUGUAAGAUGGGCGUCUCUCGCUCUGCCUCCACAGUAAUUGCUUACCUGAUGAAGCAGCAGGGCUGGACAUUAGACCAAGCCCUCAACCACGUGAGAGAAAGACGGCCUAUAGUGCAACCCAAUGAAGGUUUCCUCAAACAGCUGCAUACAUACAGCGGCAUCCUCAAUGCCAGUAAACAGCGCCACAGUGCCCUGUGGAGGAGGAAGUCCAAGCCAGAAGUCCGUCAGCCAUCUGUCCACAAUGAAGCAGCUGCAGGGAGUGAACAUGAACAGAAAGAGGAAGAAGAUGAAGACUCAGAGAGCCCAGAAGAGGAAAGCAGUAAUGAGGAGGAGGAAAGAGAUGUCUUUGGUGAGCAGUUGGAUGAGAAUGUUCCCGACACGUUUGGGGCAGAUACAGCUACAUCCAACCCACUUAUUACUGUACAAGAAAGUGAUAAGGUGUCGUCUAGCCCCAGCAGAAGUGGCAGGAUGGAUUUGUUCUCUCUAAUGCAGUCUAUUCAGCUUGACGAUGAGGACAGAGGGAUCGAUAAAGAGAUCACUGUCAGUCAGAGACUUUCUCCUGCGCAACGAAGGCGGAGUCAUGGAAGAAGAGGCUUGGCUCAUCAGAGAGUGCAUGUUGAUGUUUCUCCUGAACCAAGCAGCAGGCAGUCACAGAACACCAGCCAGGAUGAAGCUGGUAUCUGAAGCACUUUAAAAAAAGGUCCGUGGUAAGAAAUAUGGAGAGAGAGGAAUAAAAACGUAGAAAGGUGAGGAAAAAGAACACAAAUAGUGACGUUAAUAUAAAGGAAACUCUUGCACAAGUCUUAUCCUCCUGAUUGUAUCAUUUCAAGUUCUUUGACAAGUCAUUGCACAAUCAAAUUAGGGAAUUUAUUCAUAUAGAUGCUGUAUUAAGGCUCAUUUAGGUAAUUUUAAUUUUUAAUUAUACUAUAUUCAAUAUUCAACACAUGAAAGCACAUGGUUGCAUAUCAAUGGGUGUCUCACAAAUUUUUCCCUCACCUGUCCAUCUAGCCCAAAACUCAGAAACUGUGGUCAGUUUUAGGUGGAUUGUUGAAAAAAAUCUAUAAUGGCCGAUUUCUUUCAGCCACCCCUUGUCAAGUGAGUAUUGUUAAAGAAACCGUUUUCCUCAGAGCAUUAUCAUUCAAAAUGUCACAUUGUGCCUUUUGAAAUCUUUGUGUCCUUUGCACCUUCAUACUGAGCCAUAAAAUUCAGUUUACUUCACAGAUUUUAAUAUGGUAUUAGAGUGCGAGUGGAGUAUUUCUCUAUGGCUGUUAUCUCUCAUGUCAUUAUACAGAAACAUGAACUAUUUCUCUCUAUAGCAUUGUUUCAUGUUGUUUUUAAUAAAUGAACUAGAGUAUGAUUCACACAUUUUAGGAGUCCUAUGCAAUAAUCUACUUUAUAGCUGUUUCUUCUCCAUGAAUGUGAAGCUUUAUGCUACCUCUGUGGAGUGAAAAAGUGUAGAGGACGCAAUCAAGGAUUUAAACUUUUUAUUUCAUGUACACUACCAUUCAAAACUUUGGGGUCAGUAAGAAA